CCCCUCCUUGCUUUUUCCCCAGAAUUAUAUUUUGUGCAGGGAAAAUGGCAAAGAUAUGUGCUUUUAUUUGUGUAUUGAUUGUAGCUAUUGAUGUAACUGCUGGUGUUCUCAGCAUUGAGGCUGAAAUGGGUAAAGAUAGGGUAAGAUACAAGAGAUUGAAUGAUUUUGAGUGUCAGGAGCCAUAUGAUAGCGCUUUUAAGUUUGGAUUGGCUGCAGCAACUCUACUAGGCUUGGCACAUAUUACUGAAAAUUUGGUCGGAGGUUGUAUGUGCAUGUGCUUCACAGAAGAGCUUGAAAGAUCAUCCUUUAAUCGCCAACUAUGGUUCGCGUGCAUCAUUGUUUCUUGGAUUGUAGUGGCUAUUGGGUUUCCAACAUUGGUGGUGGGAAUGCUGGAGAAUUCAAAAUCAAAAGGGUCAUGCCGGACUUUGCCCCAUCAUUUUCUGUUCAUUGGAGGGAUAUGCUGCUUUAUACAUGGCUUGUUAUGUGUUGCAUUUUAUGUGUCUGCAAGUGUGAGCUUUGUAAAUGGAAGAAUAGAUGGCCCUCAAGAGGGACAAUACCCUUAGAAUCUCCCAAAACAUAUUGCAGGCACUCCAAAUAGGUAAGGAAAUACAUGAAGACAAACACCUCUGCAAAAGCAAGGACAGUCAACUUUUCUUGGCAUUUUGUUAUAAGUUUUCUUGGAAAGAAGAUGAACAUGGAGUCUAAUGAGGUCAUGAAUCCAAUCACUUGGCUAACAUGGGCAUACAUGUUUCCAUAUACCACAAAAAUCCAGCCAAAAACCAAAGGUGUGGAGUAGGGAUGAUGGCAACUUCCCUCUCUGCCCUCGCGGGGUUUUGUUGGGUUUGCCACGAGGGUGGAAGGUGAUGGGAAGUAUUUUCUUUUGGUAAAACUUUGUGGGGAUAUAUUUUUUAUGUCAUGGUUAUAGCUUAUAGCCUUAUACCUAUUAUU